AAAUACCACCCCGCACAGCAGACCAAAUGUGUUUACCCCAAGCAUCCUCAAGCAAUUGAUCACAAGCCAAUUCUUUUUGUCUGACUGUGAGAAACUUGGUUGUGCGGCAAAGACUUCUUGUUACUCAUUGUUCAGCAUCCUUCCAGCAUCUGCUCGCAGCUUGAUGUUUUUGCACUAGGUCUGAAAGUGGCGAGAUCUGGAGACUUUUUUUCUCGAGGCCACAGAACAAAUUUUGCUGUCAGCCUCAUUCCGAUAAUUGGAUAGGAUUGGCUAGGAGAUUAUGAUAGCAUUGAUGCCAUGAAGAAUUCAGUCAUUCCUCUUGACUCUGGCUUCUCAAGCCGGGAGGAUGUCCAGCCUAGUGGCGGUUCGGUGGCAUUUGUCGAGUCAUCAUCCUUCGAAGAGUCACCUAAUUCCAUACCGCAUCAUCCUAUGGGAAUUCGUCCGGCUGGGAACCAAUACACUGCAAGCAUUAUUUCCAGAAACCGCAUAGGAACUUUUCAGGCAAUUCCAGAUGAGAUUAUUGCAAUAAUUCUUGAAUUCUUCGAGUCUCGUGGUUUGAGGUUGAUAGGCGCAACAUGCAAGUUCCUCCACGCGCUUACUAGAUCAGAAGAUCUUUGGAAGACACUUUUCAUAGAAUCUCCAGAAUCAAAGUCAGGCUUAUUCCAAUGGCGUGAAUCGUGGCUGGCAACAUACUCCAAUCUCACCGAGAAGCAAUUAUCUAAAGUCCGAUGUGACAAUGUCUUCUCGGAUGCACUUUACCGACCGUUUUUAUGUACACACACGCCAUUGACUCCUUACGCAACCAAUAUUCCUCGAGGCAAUGCAAUACCAAGAUUCGAUAAUCUAUCGCCUACAGAAUUCUCCGAGAAAUGGAGUGAUAAACCUUUUAUCCUGACAAAUCCCGUGCGAGAAUGGCCAGUCUAUCAAACCUGGGACACAGAUGCUCUCCUACAGCAAUAUGGAGGUGUCAAAUUCCGUGCGGAGGCAGUUGACUGGACACUGUCCUCUUAUGUGGAUUACAUGAACAACAGCAGUGACGAGAGUCCGCUUUACCUUUUCGAUCGAGGAUUUGUCGAGAAGAUGGGACUGACCAUAGGCAAGGAUAAGCCGAAGCCUUCUUACUGGAUACCAGAAUGCUUUGGAGAGGAUCUGUUUGCAGUACUCGGAGACAAGAGACCAGACGACAAGUGGCUCAUCAUAGGACCUGCUCGCAGUGGCUCUACAUACCACAAAGAUCCUAAUGCCACUUCUGCAUGGAAUGCAGUCCUACGGGGCUCGAAGUAUUGGAUAAUGUUCCCCUCCACAGGCUCAAGUCCACCGCCGCCAGGAGUCUAUGUGUCCGAGGACCAAAGCGAAGUGACAAGCCCUCUGAGUAUCGCAGAAUGGUUACUCGGAUUCCAUGCUGAGGCUCGCAAGACACCCGGCUGUAUCGAGGGAGUGUGCAAUGAAGGAGAGGUCCUGCAUGUUCCUAGUGGUUGGUGGCAUCUGGUCGUCAACCUAGAUGCCUCGAUUGCCAUCACACAGAACUUCGUGCCACGAAGCCAUCUUCCAGGAGUCUUGUCGUUCUUGAGAGACAAGCCGGAUCAAAUUUCUGGCUUCAAGAAGGAUGUCGCAGAUCCAUAUGGGACCUUUAUUGAAGGAAUGCACGCCGAGCAUCCCAAGUUACUGGAGCAAGCACUUGCUGAGUUGGAGAGGAAGGCUGAAGGCAAGAAAAGAAAAUGGGGUGCUGCUGUGGGAAAGGAUGAAGAAGAAACGAAUGGGGCCGGCUUCAGCUUCGGCUUUGGUGAUGAUAGUGACGAAGAAGUUCCCUGAGAACUUGCAAGACUCAUGUACUGUACAAUGCAAAACGAAAAGAUCCACAUCUGAAGAAUCGUCUUUUCCAUGAAAUCAGAAGUGGUAUCCUGGUAUGUUCAACGCCAUAGCAGCUCGAAGCAGGAGAGCAAACGCUCAUCGCCAAUCUUACAAUAACAACACAC